GAGCACGAGAACCACCUACCUGUUCUCUGAGUUGUUUGUACUGUAUUGUACUGGGAUUUAUUUUGACUACAAUUUCUUUUUUAUUUCAAAGCAUGGAUUUGCUUCUGGAUUUUGGCUAAUUAUGACAGAUUUCCUUCUCCUAGUUUUCUUCAAGCCAAACAGGAUUUUCUGGACUCAUUUCACUCACGAGAAAAAGUAGUGGGAAUCAGUAUGUCUGUGACUGCCCUGUUCAGGGGCAAGUGGGGGCAGAAGACACAGGAAACCCCAGUGAAGCCUCCAGCUGCUGUGGUUCAGUCAGAGGAUGAUGACGAGGAUGAUUCCAAAGCUGGUUUCACCCGAGAGCCUAUUCGUAGGAAUUCCCGCUUUUACCGGUCAAUGAGGAAAAAGAGGCUGGUCUCAUCUGAGCAGUCUGAAAUUUCUAACAGGCCUGGAUCUGACCACAGUCCAUCCAACAGAGCAACUGUCUCCCACUCUCAUUCUCCUUUACCCCACAAAUCACCUUUGUUGCCCGGGGCUAGACGUCUUCAGCAUUCACCAAAGCUCCACGAUUCCAGACCUGUGUUGCCAAGCAAUGGCGAGGCCAGCAGCAGACAUGCUCGGUACAGCAAGGAUGCUGUGGAUAAGAGAAGAGGAGGUGUGGGUGGAGGGAGUGUGGACACAUCAGCUGCCUCCAACAGCAAGCAUAGAGACUUUGCAGAUGACAGGAUCACUUACCGGACUCACGGCAUUCAUAGCGGAGAUAUAAAAAAGCUAUCGGAGCAAACGGCUGCAGCUUGCACUGUACGGGAGGUCAGAGGGAGAACCAUGAGCUCGCAACAGUCCAGUUCUAACAGAGCACACCAGGAUUACUUCAACCACAGGUUGCUGAGCAAUAGAGAAAGCGCAGAGACAAUCUGCCACAACAUCAGCAUCAUCAAAAACAUGGCCAUCUUGUACCAGGAGUACCGGGAUACGUCAAAGCAGCAGGAGAUUGAGCAGCGGCGGCAGCGUGACAACAUCUCCCCUGGGGUCUCGACAGGGACUAUGGUGGCAGAGCCUGGAGUUGUGUCCCCCCCAGCGCUACAGCUGCGCCGGAGAAACGGUGAUCGCUCACUGAACUUGUGGCAAAAUCUGGAAGCUGUGCAGGCCAGUGGGAUGCUCACCCGGUUACUGCAGAAAGAAAUCAUAAUGCAAGAGGCCAUGUUUGAGCUUGUUACCUCAGAGGCAUCGUACUACAAGAGUUUGGAGAUUUUAGAGACUCACUUCCUACGUAACCCUGCUUUAGUCAACACUCUCAGCCAAUCCGACAUGCAUUUUCUCUUCUCCAACAUUGAGGAGGUCAUGAAAGCCAGUGAAAGGUUCCUCAUGGAUCUCGAGCACCGAAUUGAGGAGUCCAUUUUAAUUUCUGAUGUGUGCGACAUUGUUUACCACCAUGCUGUGGAACACUUCAGUGUCUUCAUCAAAUACGUUAUCAACCAGGUUUACCAGGAAAAGAACUACAGACGUAUUUUAGAGGGGAACCAGGCUUUUCGGGAGGCCAUGGCUGCAUUGGAGAAUCAUCCUUGUGUCAGGGGCCUGUCCUUCACGUCAUUCCUCAUCCUUCCAUUCCAGAGGAUCACAAGGCUCAAGCUGCUUGUUCAGAAUAUCCUGAAGAAGGCUGAGGAGGGCUCAGAGAGGGAAACAAAUGCUAUAAAAGCACAUCAGCAGCUGGAGCAGAUUGUGAAAGAGUGUAACGAGGGAGUGAGAAAAAUGAGUCGUACGGAGGAGCUUAUUACGAUAGAGAAAACACUGGAGUUUAAAUCCAAGUCUGUGCCCAUCAUUUCUCACUCACGCUGGUUGCUAAAGAAGGGGGAAGUGCAGCUGAUGGCUGGACCAAAGAGCACUCGGACCAUGCGGAGUCGUAAACUCUACCAACCGGUCUAUUUAUUUCUUUUUAACAAUCUGCUGCUGGUCACCAAGCGCAGCUCAAGUGGGGACAAGUUCCAGGUUCUCGACUCGUGCACACGCGCUAUGUUGAGGACUGAGGACCUUGAAGACCAGGGCCAGCUGCUGGCCAGUACCUUUAAUCUUAAACUACUGGAAAACCAAGAGGAUCGUCAAGUCAACUACAUGCUCAAGACGGCCAGUAUGAGUGACAAGCUGCGAUGGAUUUGCGCUCUCACUCCAAACCGGCGCACACGCUUUAUGUCUACCAACACCCACCAACCAGACUCUCCCCAGGUGCAGUGUAUUCAGUCAUACUCAUCUCAGGAGCCAGAUGAACUCUCCAUUGAGAUGGCUGAUGUUUUGAACCUCCUAGAGAGAACAGAUGAUGGCUGGAUGAUGGGUGAAAGGCUCCAUGAUGGUGAAAGGGGCUGGUUCCCUAGUCGAAUAGUAGAGGAGAUCCAGAGCAAAGAGGUCCGUGCUCAGAACCUGAGAGAGGCCUUUAGGAUCCAACAAGCCCAAGAAGGUGGAGGAGGGCCACAAACUGGAGCCAGGGUUGGUCUGAGGGCAGGUAGACGCACCCCAAAGGUGUCCAGCUUCUCCAGUCCUUGGAUUGAUCAAAUGGGGGAAAGCAGUGAAGUAAAGCAGUGAAUGAGUAACUGUGAUGAAUGUCAUCAUUCAGGACCAUAUGCACGAAAUGAAAAAUAAUCAGGAGACAUGUGACUAAACUCCCAUACAAUGACACAUUGUCCUUGAUUUUCAUUGAGCAGUGGAUGGUAUUUAGAAAUCCACAGAUGAUUAAAGUGCUUGAGUCAGUAUUCUUGAACACGUGAUGCUGCAUGUUUCAUAUAAAUGUGUAGUGAAUGUGUAUUGUAGGCCCACACACCGUGGUGUGUCAUGCAUGGCACAAAGCUCUAUGUAUGGUAGAGAGCUUUGUAUGGAAAUGACAAGAACCCUAACAGUCUAAAGAUACUGCUGCAUGGACAAUUUUUUAAACUUUUAGUGUUCAUUUCAUUGUAAAAUACCCACAGACACAAUGCACACAUUAAAUGUCCUGAAAGUUCAACUGCAACUUAAGAAAGCAUAUGCAGGGAAUUAAAGCAAAGGACCUUUAUCAAUUUCCAUACAUGUGCAGCCUUCAUCUGGAUCUUCUGCUCUUAAAGCCAGAAGUUAAAGCAAAAUAAACUACUCUGUGGCUGUUCAAUCGAUUCUCACACUUUUGGUAUCAUCUACAGGCAAUACUGAUAAAAAGUGAUGUCAAACCAGAAAGAAUUACACAUUUCUAAACAUGUCUUUAAUUUUAAUUUGACAUAAAUGCAUCAACAAUUCAUCUCAAGUGGCUGAAGUGCUUUUAACUGAACUUGCUCCAAGCUUCGCUAAUCAAAAUUGGGUUUCUGGGGGGCACCAGAGAUACCACAUGAUGUGAUUUUAUAACCAAGAUUUUGAAUGUUGCAACUGUUUUAAGUUUAAACAUACAAAACAUACCCUAGUUUUGUACAUGUGAUGUGAAUGUGUCCAGAAAAUGUCUCCAUACAAAUGAUUUCCGUCUUCUCUGGGGUCACAAAGGUCCAACUUACUGACAUUGGCAGAAAUUGGUUAAGUAGUUUUUGUGUAAUUCUGCUAAUUAAUAAUCUACCAAUCAAACAACAAAUCCUAUAAACAGACACCGGUGAAGAUAUAACCUCCUCUGCAGAGGUAAUAACUGCCUUAUGAUGAAAGAGACACUAGACACAUUGGACAACAGUAUUUCCCAGUUAUUAUUCCCAUGAGUCCAUCAGAAGCUCUGAUGCUGAGUAACUUCUGCUCUGUUCUGUCAAAUAAGAUCCAAACAGCCGUCUUCUCAGCCUACAGUGUUUGAUACUCAAGAUAGACAAAAUCUCUUUGAAAUAAUGGGCACACACAAACACACGCAUGCUUGCACGCAGACACACACACACAAUUGUCAUUUAAUGCCAAAUAACUGCAAUAUGUCACAAAUGCAUUGAAUGUAUUUACACUAUGAACAACUAUGGAUCAUCGUAAUUGUAAAGCCUGUGUGUCUUUAAAUACUGUGUGUACAGUACUGCAAACAUAACAUUUUUAAAGUAAUAAUUACUAAAUAAUUAUUUCAUUUUGUAAGAUGUAAAUUAUUGUUCAUAAAAAAGCACUG